GAAACCAAUGUGUUGGAACCCUCAUUGUCUUACGAGUGUUGGACCCUGUACCAUACAAGAAAGAAAUGCUGUUGCACAAUGUUUCCAAGAAGUAAAAAACAAGGAGGAGAUCACCAGGAAGUGCAAUGCAUGUCAUCACGUCGAGCUAAAUGAGGUGCAGCGCCAGGGUCUAGCAUGUCGAAAUGAAGAAGAAGAAGAAGAAGAAGAAGAAGAAGGAGAAGAAGAAGAAGAAGAAGAAGAAGAAGAAGAAGAAGAAGAAGAAGAAGAAGAAGAAGAAGAAGAAGAAAUCUUGGCGUUUGUCUGGGUGGAGGACACUGGGUUGUGGCUCUGAACAGGAAUGCUCUGACAGCCGGUGAGCAGGGCAGCUGCGGUGAACCGAGAUGAGAUGUUGUCCACCGGGGAGUGACGUGUGAGCCAUGAAUGCAGUGACAUGCUCUAAGAUCCACAACAGCCGCUCAGAGGACAGGCAGAUUCCUGGACACCUGCAGAGUUCUGCACAGGGUCAUGGAGCCACUGGACAGCUGACGGGGACGAAAAACCACAUGUUAAAGAAACAGCCUCCAUCGGCGCAGGGCGAGAAUGUGCUACAGUUAAGACUUCAGCAGAGGAGGACACGAGAGCAGCUGGCAGACCAAGGCAUCAUGCCUCUAAACCAUGGCAAGUUCCCGAAGCAGGAAGACUCUUACACGUUCGAGGAGGACAGCAGCAGCGAGAGUCUGUCUCCGGAGCAGCACCACAGUGACGAGUCCCAGGGCUCAGCCUGUCCUUCAUCGGAGGCCGUGGGCAGCACGCCCUCCUCCUCGUCCUCACCUGCCCUCACCAGCCCACGACAGGUAGGAGCAACCAGAGACCCACCUGAUCAGAGCCACGAUGAAGGGCUGUCCGGUGCCAACAACAGCGUGGCUACUCCCCCGAUCCCUGUUCCUGCUAUUGUCAAGUCCAAGACAUCUGACAAGAACCGACACAAGAAACCCAAAGAUGUGAAGCCCAAAGUGAAGAAGCUCAAGUACCACCAGUACAUUCCUCCGGACCAGAAAGCCGAGAAGUCCCCUCCGCCCAUGGACUCGGCGUACGCGCGCCUUCUGCAGCAGCAGCAGCUCUUCCUGCAGCUGCAGAUCCUCAGCCAGCAGAAACACUCUCACGCACAUCCACAGACGCAGCAGCAGCAGCAGCACACACACUCAACGCAGGCCCAGGCUCAGCAGAGGCAGCCGACUUUCAGCUACCAGCCUCACCUGCCGGCCCAGACCCACAAAGGAUCCAGUGAGCAGAUAUCGGCUUGCAGCCCCGGUGGCCCGUCCAGCACAGCCAACAGUAACUCCUCCUCUCCAGUGAAGAGCACAUAUCCCAACCAAAGUAACAUCUCACCAGUCAAACCUGGGCCCCUGCCAGCCAAUCUAGACGACCUAAAAGUCUCAGAGCUCAGGCAGCACCUGCGUAUCCGAGGCAUGCCUGUCUCAGGUACCAAGACCGCCCUCAUCGAGCGACUCAGGCCCUUCAAGGACUGCAACGCCGGCUCCUCGCCCUCAGGCUCCUCCGACAUCACCACGGUGACCUUCCCCGUCACGCCCACCGGGUCCCUGUCGUCCUACCAGUCCCCGUCCUCCUCCAGCGUCCUGUCUCAGGGAGGCUACUAUCAGUACCCCAGCACCUCCUCCACCCCGCCCAUCUCUCCGGCCUCCUCCGAGCUGUCCCUCAGCGGCUCGCUCCCCGACAGCUUCAGUGACGUGCCCAUGUCCUCGCCGACGCAGUUCGCCCUGCAGCCGUCCCCGGCCCAGCUCAGCAUGGAGGACGGCCUGGCAAGGGGCCACCAGGGCAGCGGGGGACAGAGGGUGGGGGAAGGCGGAGCCAUGGACGGCCUGGAAGCUGAAAAGGAUAAGAUGCUGGUGGAAAAGCAGAAGGUGAUCGAGGAGCUGACAUGGAAGCUGCACCAGGAGCAGAGACAGGUUGAGGAGCUGAAACUGCAGCUCCACAAGAGGAAACGCUGCUAUGGAGCAACACAGGACGCCGUCCCUCCUCCCCCUCACCCCUCCAUGCACCACCAGCAGACUCCCACCAUGAUGGGACAGCAUUUCUUUGGGGUGACUGUAAAGCAGGAGCCAAUGUCCCUGUCCUCCAGCUGCCCUCUGUCCAAUCCCAAACAGCUAAAGAGCCCUCCUGGCAUCUGCAUGGAGGAUAUGGGGCACUGUAACACCUCCCUCACCAAUCUGGGGGGGCCCGGGGGGCCACAGUGUAUGGACACGGCCCCCGCCACAGGCAGCCCCUCCACCAUGUCCGCUUUCCUCAGUCCCCAGUGCUCACCGCAAGACUCUCCCAAUGUAAAGCCUUCCAGUAGUCCCCAGCCCUCAUCUCCUAACAACCCCUACCUGCUCUCCCCUACACUGGGAAGGGACAGCUGCGGUCACCACCACCCCCCAGGCAACAACAGAGCACGCAACAUGCAGAUCCACCAGAAGAGCGGUGGCCAGGCGGUGAACUGUUCCUAUACUCCUGACCAAAGAGGCCUUCAGGGAGACUUCCCCUCCUCAACCGACUGUGGCCUUAACCACAGCAGCGCAGCCAAAGCUGACAGCCAGAGCAUGCAACCAAAGAUUUCAGUAUUGCCCUCUCCUCGGCAUGUUGGCCAAAAAAGCCAGGUCUCUUCCCCUGCCUUCAGUAGCUCAGAUUCAGAUGCUUCUGACUUAAGACAGCCCCCAUGCUAUGAGGAUGCAGUGAAGCAGCAACUGACCAGAAGUCAGCAGAUGGAUGAACUUUUGGAUGUGCUCAUAGAGAGUGGAGAGAUGCCAGCUAACGCCAGUGAAGAGAGGGAGAGGUCCUCUGUAACCAAAGUUGUGCCUCACAUUACUGUGUCCCCAGGGUAUCCCGGCCUCCUCAUCCCAAGGUUCCACCGUCACUAUGAGCACCUGUACCCCGCACAGCAACCGUACGACCACUCAGGCAAUCACAUCACAGAGAGCCACCUGGAGACACUGCUCGGGAGUCCAAUCGGCCGGGGAGGGGAAGUGGCCCUUCUUAAAAUGGCUACCGAGGACGGGGUUGAUGACGAAGGUAACCGAGAGGGCGAAGGGUACGGCAGCCCCCACAACCACCACCGCCACCCUCACCAUCCACCACAGGACAAACUCGUGACCAACAGAGAUCAGAUGGACACCCCUCUGUCGCCCAUCAGCAACAAGGUGUCCCCCUUCCCUGAGGUUCAGGGGAUGGUCAGCAUGACGUUCAGCGAGACGCCGUGGGAAACGAUGGAGUGGCUGGACCUGAUGCCACCCAGCUCAGCCACGGCCUUCAGCGUCCCCCCACCCAGUGGCCCCAGCAUCUUCAACACAGAGUUCCUGGAUGUCACAGACAUGAACUUGAACUCUGCCAUGGACCUCCACCUGGAGCACUGGUGAAAGCAACAUCACCCUAUCACAAGUGCUGGCUAACCACAAACUAGCCAUCAUCACACACAAAACACCAGCUUAAGGGUAUCUAUAUGGAGCAGUGACAUCAGCUCUGACCCUACCAAAGAACAACUUAGUUUCUUGUUAUACCACAUGUCACAUUAUGAAGAGUAGACCAUUAGCCUUCAUUCAAAUUCAAACUUUGUUGGCUGAGUCAGAAGUUGAACGACAGAUUCUAUUUUUGCUUACUUCCAUGACUUCAUUGAAAUCAGGUUCUUCUGUUGUCGUGUUCCCCAGAUUCCAAAGACAAGAUGCUUUUUGACAUGAUCGAUGUCUCUUUGGACAGCGAUGCGCACAACUGCCAAAUAGGUAUCUCAGUGGACACAUAAAGGAUUUCUCUAGAUAAUGGAAGGACGUGAUUACAGUGCUUUAUACCAACACCUUAUCCAAUAUCAGUGUUAACGCCACUUAGACUUGAAGACACAUUUUGACAAUCCUUUCUUUCUGAGUCUAUGUUUGUAUUACUGGAAAAAUGAAAGGAAUUACAAGGUGAAUUGGGUUGCUUCGUACGGCCAUUUUGUAAAUAUCAGAACCAUUUGUACUGACGGAGACAAGUUGACAUCUGCAUUUUUUGUCGGUGGUGUGGAAAAGGUCACAAACCCCAAAUUUAAUUGUAUAAUGUAAUCAAUUCCUUAUAUGAUGUAAAUAUGACAAAAAUAAUCUCACUGUGCACCUCUAGCUUAAUACACUUUUGUCACAGGUUGCUUGAAUGUAGAAUAUGUGUAGAAGUUUUUGUCAUUCCUUUGAAGGUCCUAUUUUUAUACAAGUUUCUUUUCACCAUUUGGCCUAUUUAUCCAUAGGGAAAACAUUAUGGAGAGAAAUUAAUUUCUUUGAACACCAUUGGUCUUAUCGUGAGAAUCGACAGACAAACUGUGCCUUAUUUGCAACAGCAUUUAAAUUACUACCAUUUUUAUACCAAUUUCCCUUCCACAAUCUUAUAUGCCAUGAAAGCUAUGGACUGGUUUUGUUAAAGAAAGCUCCAACAUAUGUCAGUUUUACUUUAGCUGCAAAAUCUGACGAAUGUAAAUGAAACUUCAUCUCUAUUUUAAAGUACUUUUAUUUUUGUCCUUAAAAAAAAAUUCACCCUUUCCAUCUCCAGACCAAUCACGUUUAUUUAUUUUUGUGUUUUUAUAUUUAUGCUUUAACCUGUAUUUAUACUGUCAUUCCUUUUAAUAGAUUGGGGCUCUUUAGGAUUUACCAGGAAACUCCAGCGCUACCACUCCGACUACGGACAGUUCUUUGUAAAUCUCUUAAAAAUGUGAUGCAAAGUGAAGGAACCACUUUGAAAAGCCAUGCUUUCUUAAAAAACACUUUUCCUUAAAGAAUCAUGUGAAGUGGAAAUGCCCAUUAUUAGCACUUGUGAAUAGGAAAAUGUAAUAUAUUCAGACCUUGACUGUGAAUACUGCAUAUAAACACAGCACGAACAUGUACCAGGGGCCAGCCUAGACCCACAUUAGUCUUUCAAACAACCCUUUAAAGUUGUGUGUUGGUCAGUAAGUGUCUAUUGUUUCAGACAUGUACAACUUGAAGGAAUAGUUUUUCAUUUUGAGAUCUAUUAGAUUGGAUGAGAUCACUGAUACCACUCUCAUGUCUGCUAAAUAGAGGGCUGGGUUAGCUUAGCAUACACAAAGACUGGAGACAGGGGAUUAACUUGGCUCUGUCCAAAAGUAGCAAUUGCCUUAAAGCAUGUUCAUCUUACUCAAAUAUCCAGUGUGUUAGAUUUAGGUGAAAUGGAUCUAUUGGAAGAAAUUGAAUAUAAAUUAAAUUGUACAAAUUUUUGUUUUCCAUAAAAUGGGCUCUUUAUAUUGAAAUACUUUGUAUUUACAUGAGUUCUCUCUACGGAAGCUGCCUUGUUUUUUUGCAGUCGCCCAGACUGGACAAACUACACACCUUUUAUGACAAGUGAAGGUGACUACCACAGGUUCUCUUUUAUAUUUGGAAGGGGAGGGUGAGGUUAGGUGAGGGGUAUUCAGCUGCAACAUGCAACUUCACCACUAGAUGUCACUAAAUUCUACACACUGAACCUUUAAUGAGCUACACCCUCUUUUAGCCACAAUGAUCCUUUCCAUAAGAUUAGGUAUUUUUUGUUAUCUUAUCCAUCCCCAGCAUCUUUGAAUCGCACUAGCCUGUUUUAUCCAGCACGUAAUCCUUAAGCACAAAUUAUUGCUUUUGCACUUUGUUUAUUUGCUGCAAACGAGAGCCAUAUUUGCCAUUUCUCCCAUACUCCAGUCUUGAUGCUAAGCUAAAGUGACCGUCUUCUAGCUGUUGCUUCAUAUUAACAGGAACAGAUACUAGCCUGGAAUCAGUCUUCUCAUCUAAUCUCUGCAAAGAAAAGUGAUCAUUUCUCAAAAUGUCACCAUUCAAGUGCACUGGCCAAUCCAUUUCUUGUAUUUAGUUAUGUCCUCUGUAAACAUCUGUCUCACUUUGUGUUCUGUUUUGACCAAUUAUUGCUUUGUUUCUGUUACUUAUUAAGUGUUGCACUUAUGAAAUGGUUUCUAUGGUUACGUGUAGGCUUAUUAAUGCCCACAUUGAAUAUAAGACAAAGCUGGUACCCUUUACUUUCUGUUGUUGUAAGAAUAUCCACUGGCCUUUUUUUGUAAAUUUUAUCUGGGUUCAUUUCACAAUAAUUUUCCCUUAUUAAGAAAAUAAUAAUAAAAAAAAAACACAUCUGACAGAAGCUUCCAUGUUGCUUGGCCACUGAUUUGCUUUACUAUUGUAAAAAACAGUAUUUGCCUGCAUCUCUGUAUACUACAGAAAGAAAAGCAAUAAACUUAUCACAUCAAAAUAA